AUGACAAAGACAAUGGGAUACCGAGACUGGAGAUGGCUGGCUCUUUGGUGGCAUCAUUUCUUUCUCUUGUGGAGUACAAUAGACGGACAGACUCGCUACACCAUCCCGGAGGAACUGAAACAGGGCUCUGUGGUAGGAAAUCUAGCCAAAGAUCUGGGUUUGGGACUCUCUGAAAUUUUUGACCGUAAGCUGCGUGUCGCCUCUGAGGCUGGUAAGCAGUAUUUCAGUGUGGAUUCGGGGAAGGGCGAGCUGGUCGUGAAUGAGAGAAUAGACAGAGAUACUUUAUGCGGACAAAGCGCCAGCUGCGUUUUACCUCUGCAGGUUGUCAUUGAGAACCCGUUACAACUGUUUCGUGUCGAGGUUGAAAUACAAGAUAUAAAUGAUAAUUCUCCAAGUUUCCCUUCCAAACAACACCCGUUAGAGAUAGCUGAAUCAACUGCGGCAGGUGUACGUUUUCCCUUGGAAAACGCACAAGACCCAGAUGUGGGGAGUAAUUCUCUAAAAUCAUACAUACUUAGUAAAGAUGAAUGUUUUACUUUAAAGGUAAAAGAACUCUCUGGCGGCAGAAAGGUACCAGAACUAGUCCUGGCCAAAGCUCUGGACCGAGAGAAAAAAGCUGUCCAUCAGCUAUUAUUAACAGUUCUAGACGGGGGCAACCCAGUGAGAUCCGGAACCUCGCAGAUAACUAUUACAGUUCUCGAUGCAAAUGAUAAUGUUCCAGUUUUUGAAAAUCCAUUGUAUAAAGUUUCUGUAAGUGAAAAUAGUGCAGAGGGCACUUUCAUAGUUAAUCCUAGAGCGACAGACGCCGAUGACGGACAGAAUGGAGAGAUAGAAUAUUCGUUCGGUGUCCACACGCCAGACUCGGUGCUAUCUGUGUUUGAGAUUGAUUUUCUAACAGGAAAAAUCAUUUUAAAGGGGCAAUUAGAUUUUGAGAGCGCUGCAAAUUAUGAAAUUGACAUCAGUGCGAAAGACAAAGGUAGCCCUAGAAUGGAGGGGCAUUGUAGUAUGCAGAUAGAUGUAGAAGAUGUAAAUGAUAACUAUCCCGAAAUCAUUUUAACCUCCAAACCAAGUCCUCUGCGUGAGGACGCACCCAGUGGCACGGUAGUAGCUUUGGUCAGUGCCCGGGACCUAGACUCCGGGAAUAACGGUAAAGUAACCUUACAGCUCCAACGAGGUUAUCCUUUCAGUCUGAAACCUUCCUUUUCUAAUAAUUACGCACUGGUCACAAGUGGUGUUUUAGACCGAGAGAGCUCCUCGGAGUAUAAUAUUGAGAUAACAGCCACUGAUUCGGGCUCCCCUCCCCUGACUACCAAGAAAACUAUACCAGUCAGUAUCAUUGAUGUCAACGACAACCCCCCUAAAUUCACUCAGCCCUCCUAUAAUGUCUAUUUAAAAGAGAAUGGACUACCAGGCUCCAUGCUCUCCUCAGUAUCCGCAUCUGACCUGGAUUUUGGGGAUAAUGCCAAGAUCUCCUACUCCAUCCUAGACUCCAAAGUGCAGGACGUCUCUGUGUCCUCCUAUGUGUACAUGAACACUGAUAACGGCAGCAUCUACAGCAUGCACUCGUUUGACUAUGAGAAACUGAAGGUGUUUCAGAUUCUGGUGCAGGCAAAGGACCACGGCUCUCCCUCUCUGAGCAGCAUCGCUACUGUCCAUGUUUUUAUCUUGGACCAGAACGACAAUGCCCCCGCUGUUAUUUACCCCUCCGCUGCCCUGGGCUCGCUCUCUCACCAGAAGAUGCCCCGCUCCGCUAAAGCAGGCCACCUGGUUACUAAGGUAACGGCCGUGGACGCAGACUCGGGCCACAACGCUUGGAUCUCGUAUAAGCUUGCGGAGGCCACAGACGCGUCUCUGUUCAGUGUCAAUCUUUACACAGGGGAGGUGAGGACUAAACGCGCUGUGUCCGAACAGGACGACUCCUCUCAGAGACUGCUUAUAGAGAUACAGGAUGACGGGGAGCCGGUCCAGUCCGCCACGGUCACAGUGACCAUACUGGUAGAUGACGGGCUCCACGAACCCAUCUUGGACCUCCGGCAGAAGGUGCCAGAGCCUAGCAAGAAAAGCGGGAGAAUCACCCUGUAUUUGAUCCUCUCUCUGGCCUCGGUGUCCGUGCUGUCUCUGGUGACGUUUGUCAUCUUAGCAGUCAAGUGCGUUAGAAACAGCAGGAGCAGCGGUGGUUGCUGCAUGAGACGGGAGGACUUUGACGGCUACAAGAACCCCAACAGAAACCUGCAGAUCCAGCUCAACACUGACGGGCCUAUUAAGUAUGUGGAGGUCCUGGGAGGGGACAUGUUGUCUCAGAGUCAGUCCUUCAGGUCCUGUCUCUCUCCCAUGUCAGAGUUCAGUGAUUUCACCUUCGUUAAGCCCAGCAGCACCACUGACUUUAAGGAGAUGAUCAACGUCCUAGACGCAUCUUUACCCGACAGCGCCUGGACCUUUGAGAGCCAGCAGGUGAGCAGUGAACUGUAG